AUGACUCGCCAUGACCAGGACGGCACUCCACGGUCCGAGUUUUGUCUGAUGAUUGACUAUAAGGCCCUCCAGUCCAUCCUCAAGACCCCGGAACCCUCCGAGGAUGAUAGCUUCUUGUUUGGAUUAGACGCCGGAUACGUGAUUCUUAUUGAUCGGAGGUUUCACGAAGGCGGAAUAAUGGACUAUGAAAAUUAUCAAGGAUUUUUGCGUCUGGACAUCACCGGACUGUGGACUUUCAUGGAUGACUAUCGGAAUGAUGUCUUUUGGAGAAGAAUGCCCCAUAUACCGCGUCCUGGCCUGAUUCCGUGCACUGAUGGGGCUGAUACACAUGUAGAGGACGAGGAUGGGACAGUGGUGGCAGCGAGUGCGUUUUCGAGCAGGUCCAAAGUAAUCGGGAAGAAGCCUCGUGCGAUAUCUUAA